ACUAGUAACAUUUCGUUCUUGAUAGCCAUUUCUACCCAGAAAACAGAGAGGAUGUUGCUGAGGAAGUGUCUUCAGGUUAUUUUUCUCUUCUACAUCUCAUUGACAUUUGGAAAUGGACUUGAAUAUCUGACGUAUUUUAUAAAAGUACAACACUGUGAUCUGAAAGAUGCUAAAACAUUGAUGACACUUGAUGUGGAUGCCUUCGACUGUUCGAAGAGGUGUUUUGAAACUUCUGCAUGUAAAUCCUUCGUGAGCAGAACGAUAAGUCCAAGAUGUAUUUUAUACGAAAAUGACUCAACAGAGAAAAUUCUAACAGGGGAAAAUAAUGCCUAUUUUUAUCAGUUGAGAAGAACUGUGCCGACCAAGUAUAGAGACGGAAAAUGUCCCAUGGAUGUAGUUGACAACGCUUUUCUCCCUGGUAACAAUGAUAUUAGUGACACGUCUGGUCAUAGUUACACGGCGUGUAUCUAUAGAUGUGAAGCAAAUCCAAAUUGUCAAUCGUUUGACUACGGUAUAAGUAGCGGACAAUGCAUUUUGUCAAGUAAAAAUCAUGAUGAUUCUUCUGUGUGGUGUGGCACAGGUGCACUUUACACUGAAAUAAGCAGAGAACUUUGGAAUAAUUUCAGUCAGUCAUAUACAUUGAAGGACAUCAGCUCCGUAGGAUGUGCUUUCGGCUCCUAUUAUUUCGUUAAUAGUAAGACCAUUUUUAUUUAGUUGUUUAUUUUUAGUGUUCUUUGAUUCUGUGUCUUGUUCCUGAUCUUUAAUUCAUCGAUCUUCUGUCUCCAGUGCACGCCGAACAAAACUGAAAAUUUUAAAUAUCUCUUUCUUCCGCAACGCAAAAAAUAAAG